AUGGCUACAUUCAUGAAUCACUUCAAGUUCUUGCAAACCAUCUCCCUUCUAUAUGUGUUGGUGACACUAACAUGCUCUGGAUCAUCACCAAGCCAUGAUGAAGAAUGCUCAGCCUUGUUUCAGUUUAAACAAACCAUAAUUCAUCAACAUGAUGUUGCUUGUGCUGCUUAUGACUCUCAAGUGUUUCAUUCUUGGAACAAUAGUUUUGAUUGUUGUUCAUGGGAGGGGGUGGCAUGCAGCCAUGACCAUGAUCAGUACUAUGGUCAUCAUGUGAUGGGUCUUGACUUGAGCCAGAGGUCUCUUUGUGGGCGUAUCAACUCCAGCAGCACCCUCUUCAGCCUUGUUCAUCUUCAGAGACUCAACCUUUCUGGGAACGACUUUGGUGAUUCUCAAAUCCCAUCUGAGAUUGGUCGUCUAAAGCAAUUAAGAAGCCUCGAUCUCUCUUAUUCCGGGUUUAGUGGCCAAAUCCCGAAUGAAAUCUCGCAGUUGAUUCAUUUGUCUUCUUUAGACCUGUCAGGGAAUUCACUAAAGCUUCACAGUCCUAGCCUCAAGAACCUGGUGCAAUACUUAACAGGACUCAAAGAACUUCAUCUCUCAGGGGUUGACAUUAGUUCUUCUGUACCUCAUUUCUUGGCCAACUUUUCUUCUUUGAAGUCACUCAAGCUACGAGAUUGUUCUCUUAAGAAUAAAUUCCCUGCAGCCAUACUAGAGCUACCAGAGUUAAAAGUUCUUGAUUUGGCAUUCAAUACCGACCUCACUGGUUCUCUUCCUAUAUUUCGUAACAUCAGCUUACUUGAAGAAGUGAUACUAGACUUCACAGGUUUCAUUGGGAUUGUACCAGAAUCCCUAAGCCACCUUAACCAUCUGACUGUCUUGUCCCUUACCGGAUGCUCUUUCUCGGGGCAUAUACCUCGUUCACUCUCUAACAUGACGCAACUCACUUACUUGGGUCUUGGUGAAAAUCACUUCACAGGCUCAGUUCCUUCAUUGGUAAGCCUUUUGAAUCUCGAUGGUUUGCUACUUAAUGGUAGCAGAUUUGAGAAAGGAUGCUUUCCCAAUUGGCUUGGAAAGCUGACUAAACUUAGUAAACUCUAUCUGUCUGAUAUGAACAUAAACUGCGAAAUCCCACUCUUUCUAUCCAACCUAACCAAACUUAGUGAGGUAGGAAUGGACAGAAAUUCUCUUACCGGUGGUAUACCAUCCUGGUUGUUCAACCUCACCCAACUAACAUAUUUAAAUCUUCAGAUGAAUCAAUUGCAAGGACCAAUUCCAAACACAUUUUCCAGCCUCAAAAGUCUUGAGUAUCUUCACCUAGGUAGAAACAAUUUCAGUGGUAGGGUAGAGCUCGACAUGUUCCUAGGACUCAACAAACUUCAAACAUUAGGCUUAGGUUAUAACAGGAUAUCAUUAGUAACCACCAACAACUACACCAAUACCACUUUACCAGAAUUGCAUAAGUUAGGACUAUCAUCAUGCAACUUGAAGGAAUUUCCUGCCUUUUUGCGCUUCCAAAAUAAAUUGAGAUUCCUACUUCUUGACGUCAACAAAAUUGAUGGGCUGGUACCGGUGUGGAUCUGGAACAACAGUCGGGAAACAUUAGAGUUGAUUAACCUUUCAGGCAACUCCAUCACUGGCUUUGAUCAGCAUCCUCAUUUUCUCCCAUGGACAAAUUUACAAGUAAUUUUUAUCGAGAAUAAUCAGCUACGAGGACGACUACCAAUUCCAUCACAAUCCACAGUUAUUUAUUCUGUCCCACAGAAUAGUCUGACAGGAGAACUACCACCAUCCAUAUGUGAAUUGAAAUCUCUUCAACAAUUAGAUUUGUCUUUUAACAACAUGAGCGGAACACUUCCUUCAUGUUUGGGCAUCUUAAGCAAUUCGUUGAUGUCUUUGAAUCUGAAACGAAAUAACUUCCACGGAAAAAUGAUGAGUGCUUGUAAGCCUGGAAGCCAGUUGAAAGAACUUGAUUUGAGCGAAAAUAGAUUCACCGGUCAACUGCCAAGAUCACUGAUGAAUUGUACCAGGCUGCAAGUUCUCUCUCUUGAAGAUAACUCUUUUCAUGAUGUCUUUCCUUCUUGGUUGGGAACUCUUCCCAGGCUGCAAGUUCUGGUUUUGCGGUCCAACAAACUACAUGGUCCAAUUGACGGUUCCACUGCUGUUUCCUCACGGUUCCCUAUGCUGCGGAUCAUAGACCUCUCUAACAACCGUUUCAGUGGUCAGUUGGACCAAAAUUACUUUCAAACAUGGCAUGCCAUGAGCUCUGGAAAUCUUGGCGUAUCAUCUGUUAUGGAAACUAAUAUAUCCUCCAAACAUGUGCUUACAAAUUUCAUGUACUCGGUGACAUUAAUACACAAAGGUGUCAGAACAGAGUACUAUCGUAUUUUAACCAUAGAUAUGUCCAUUGAUCUCUCUUGUAACCAUUUUGAAGGAGAAAUCCUACAAUCACUCCAACAUCUUCGAGGCCUUCAAUCACUCAAUCUUUCCAACAAUCAUUUUACUGGACGUGUCCUGCCAUCUUUGGGGGACUUAAAGAAUCUUGAAGCUUUGGAUCUCUCUGGAAACGACCUAUCUGGGGAAAUUCCUCAACAGUUGGUGCAACUAGGUUUCCGUUCCAUCUUCAACGUGUCAUUCAACCGUCUUGAGGGGCGCAUACCACAAGGAAAACAGUUUGAUACAUUUGAUAACAACUCCUACAUCGGGAAUCCCCGAUUGUGUGGACGACCUUUAUCCAAGGAAUGUCAAGAUCAUCCAAAGGUGUCAAGACUUCCACCAACAAGUAGUGUGUCUGAAUCUCUCUUCCCAACCGAAACAAUUGAUUGGAUCAUCGUAUUCUGCGGAGUUGGAAGUGGGUUGGUUGUUGGGAUUGCUAUCGGGAACAAUCUGCAUAAAAGGUAUAGUCAUCAGAUCACAAAGAGGAAGGACAGAUGGGUAAGGCCUCUUCGUAACACUAGGAGAAACCAAGGUACAAUAAUUCGUUAA